AUGAACACAGACGUCAGUUUUAGGAUUCAAGUGACUCUAGCCGAUGGAACGGUGGUAGAAAAACGUUUUGGCAUAGAGACGAACUACACCUCUCGGACCAAACGUUGGAGUUCGUGGUCCUACUGGAGUAUCUACUCCCCGCAUUUGUUUCCAAACUACAACCAACACAGAUGCUGUGGAUGUUAUAGUGGCUGCGGACCAGUGGCCUGGGCACAGAUAUUUGCUUAUUAUGACAGGUAAAUUAAAUAACAAUUAUUCACCGAAGUGGAGGUGGCUAGUCAUGGUAUUUACCGAACUGCGAAGCAGUGAGGUAAAUAUCCACGACUAGCCACCGACACUGAGGUGAAUAAUUGUUUUAGUAUAUACUAAAACAGUGAGAUAAUUGAGCACAAAAAUGAUGAUUUUUAACUCAAAUACUGUUGCCAACGAUUACAAUUUUGGCGCGUAUGACUGGGCGGCCGCGGCCGUCGCUUUUUCUUGCCGACAAUUAACAUUUGUUUAGCUCUUGCGGGGAAAUUUCUUCAAAAGGAGUUGUGAAUUCUUUUUGUAUUUAAAAUCAUUCUAUAAAAAAAGAUUAUUAAAUUUAGCUUUAAGCUUAUUUAUGAACAACCCAACUAUAAAUAAAGUAACGCAAGACUUACUAGUAAACUUAAUUUGCAUUUGUAGACAAAAAACUUCUUCACCGGUUUUAUCGAUAAAUUCGUGUCAAAAAGACAAAGCUUUACCUGUUAAAACUUCCAAUCCGAACUUCGUCACCUUCUUCGUGUAUUUCGGAAACAGCUUGCUUGAUUAGUUGUGAAAUUUCUUUGUUUGUUUACGGUAGCAAACCGGGAAGGCAUUUUGCUCGCAACUUACGCGAGUUUGGCGUCGCUCGCUCGGAGGGACUGGAGUUGAAUCAGUGAAUAGUGCAGGAUAUUCACUGUUUGAGUAGCCAAUCAGAGCGCGCGAAAAACACUAUCCACUGUUUUAGUAUAUACUAAAGCUCGUUAUUAGCGUAUCGCCCCAUUCUCGUCCCCAGAGCCCGUCGUUUCUUGGUUACGAAUUAAGCCGAGUGGCUUAGGGACGAGAAUGCGUAUCGCUCCAUAUAAGGUAGUCCAGUUACAUUUUACCUGUGGAAUCUGGAAUCCUGGGUGCUGGAAUCCGGAAUUCAGCUCAAGGAUCCCGGAAUCAAGUACCUGGAAUCUGGAAUCUACGGAGUGAAAUCCCUGGAAUCCAGUAUCCAAGGCUCUCUUGGAUAGCCUUACAUAGGGCGAAGUAUGUUUCAUCUCCUGUUACUUCAUUACACUCUAAAUCAGAAAGAUCUGUUUUAGCCCUAAAAAUAGGGCCGUUUCGGUGAGUAAAAUACAGUCCUAUCUUUGAGUCUAAUAUGGCUCCCUUAAAUCAGGGCCAAUACAGUCCAAUUAGCUAGGGCUGAUUUGGUCCCAGGGCUGAAAUGGACCCUACCGUGGACUGGAAUAGCCUUUUGAUUGAGCUUUUCUGACCUAAAUUGUGCUCAAAUGGCUCCAGGAAGGGCUGAAUCAGACUUUGGCCUGCAGGUCUGAAUUGACACGUAAGGGCUGAAACAGAUCUUUUCAAUUUUCAGUGUAGAUAAGAUUUUCCUCUACCUGGUAUUCAAAGGAAGCCUCUUUGACAGUAAUUUCACAUGAUACUACCGUUUAAUAUAUUUCUUGUUUAUUAUACUGUACAAGGAUACUUCAAACUUCAUUGAGUCUGUAGACAAAAUCCUAUUGGUGGAUGUGACCAUUCAAAUGAAAGUUACUGGGCAGUGCUUUUACCUGUUGCUAUUUGUUUUCGGUUAGCUCCGAUCCUGCCUUUAGCUACAUAUUUAAAAUCAGGGCGUAUAACCUGUCAAUGUGGGUAACCUAGGAUUUUCGCUAGUGUUACUCCUAACAACUAGCUGAACCGAUCACUUCUACGCCAAAUGGGAGAAAAUCUUGGCCUCAGUUGUCUUUAUUGACGAACUUAUCCUUAUUUAUUUAACAGAUUGGCACAUCUCUCGUCAUCAUACGGAUAUAAUAAGAAGCUCUAUCAAGGCUAUUACGGUGUUUCUGGGAGCUCUGCAUACCAGCCACCCUGGUACACUGUAAGUAGAUACUCACAGGCUUGAAACAAAUUAUCUAGCGACCAGGCUCCAAUUGAUCAAAGGGUGUAUAACGCCGCUAUCCACUGAAUAAGUCCCUAUCCAGUGGAUAACGCAAUUCGUUUCCCUGAAAAAAAUAUUGUUCCUCUCAUCAAAGUGUUCAAAACUCACGCGCAGCCACGAGCCGCAAUAACAUGGCAUUAACAGUUUUUAAGGCCAUUUCCGUUGAAUUUUCUAGGAAGAUCACCUGCGCGAGAAAGAAAACCAAAUAGCCGAACCAUCGCGUCAUUCGAUGGUUUAUACUCUUAUCGAACAUGGCUCUCGACCAAUUAGCGCUCGGGAAAUCGGUCGUGCUGAUGGAAAACGCGCACCGAUGGAUAACGCUAUUCAACGUUUGAAAAACCAGGAUCAGAUUUCAAACCUUGAGUUGCGGCCUCCUUUGUCUUAAACCUUUUUCGUAUCUUUAUCAAACAGCCCAGAUAUUACGUUGAAAAUAUCCGCGCGCAGGUCGAUACUUUCUGCUUAUUUGGAGGCGGAGCGACAACACACUGGGAUAUGACCGACAGCAAGCUGUGGAACUGGUACCUAGCCCGACAGAGUCCCUUGGGAGGUAGCCUGUCGUCCUACACGAGUUGGUGGUCCAGUCUCCCUGGGAUAUAUCGCCCUUGGAUUAGAAACUCCGCAAUCAAUGCCGUCAAGGCCCGGUAUCCUGCCAUCGUGGGGAUCUGGGUCGGCUCAUCUCAGCAUUACGCCGUUGCUACUAGAUACCGAUCAAGGUGAGAAUGUUUUAUUGAUUUAUGUGGCUGAGAUAAAGUUAAAUUCAAGUCAUGAUCAGUUCGCCCAGUUGUAUCUAUCGGGUGGCACGUGACCUAGCCGACACCUACUGCGGUUGCAUUUAUGCACACUAGAUCAUACUUUCCUCCACACCGUAUUUCAGAUGAUUUUCUAUUGAACGUGCACGCUAUUCCAGCAAGACAAAGGACCAAAUCUCCUGAGAAUAUUAUGCUAGGUACACUGAGGCAACACAACAAACUAGCUAAUAAGGCCAUUUGCUUUCACGUACUGAUAGUUUCAAUGCAUCAUUGUCAAAAUUACAUUUGCUUUCAACUACGAGCGCAAACGUAGAUUAUAAGAAUAGUUAAAAAGACAAGUUGUAUGUUUGAACAAUAUCAAAAAUACACUGCACCACUACUCAUGAUUUCAGUUCAUAAAGUUAGCGCUAGCCCGGCACACCCCCUGGUAGGGCUGUGGCUGAGUUCUCAGGUUGCCGGGUCAGGGUAUGUGCUGUUAGUUGGCGGACAAUUGAACAGCAAGGGAUUUCUUUUGGUUCUAUUUUCAGUCUUAGUAGUCUUGACUCCUAUGAAAAUAGGCGUGGUCAUGCCCAUAGUAGCCUUGGGAAAUCCCCGGUACUGAAUGACAGCUGCCGUUUCUCGAAAGUCCCGAUAACUUUUCGGGCCCGAAGGCACAUUUUGAAAUCAAAACUACUUGAAUAGUAGCAAACUUCCUAGCUCACUAACAGUCAAUUUUGCUUCGCUAACUGAUAGUUUCAAUGCAUCAUUGUCAAAAUUAUUGAAACUUUGAUCUUGAACGCAAACACGGCAAACACAAAACAGCUUUUCGGGCUCGAAAAGUUAGCGGGACGUUCGAGAAACGGGCCCCCUGGUCUGACACCACAACCAAUGCGUUUUUUACUUUUCAGAUACAAGAAAUGGCGAAUCUGCUUUUGGUUUUUCGGUUGGCAUUGUGGUCCGUGGAUCUACCGUUAUGAUCAUGAGUGGUACCUGCAUAUGGGAUGGGGAGGCAGUGGAAACACCUGGCGGAAGGCAAAGGCAUUCUCUGCCUUUGUCGCUAGAAAAUAA